UUCAUGGGCACCUGCACCUACACCCUCUCCAAGCUGUGUGAGAGCAACAGCUCCCUGCCCUACUUCAACGUGGAAGCAGCCAACGAGCACAGGGGGGGCAACACUCGUGUGUCCUACGUCCGAUACGUGGAUGUCGAUGUGGCUGACCAGCGGAUAAGGCUGGGGCAGGGUGGAGUGGUGACGGUGAACGGAGUGGCAGAGAUCCUGCCUUGCAGCCCAUCCGCAGGUGUGCAGGUCUUGUCCAGUGGGUUCUACACUAUGGUCAUGACAGACUUUGGCUUGAGAGUGAAGUUUGAUGGGAACCAUCGGGUGGAGGUGACACUUCCAAGCACCUUUGGGCAGAAGGUUUGUGGCAUGUGUGGGAACUACAACGGGAUGGCAGCAGAUGACUUCCUGAACCCGGAAGGGAUGCUGGAGCCAGACUCCACCAGCCUGGGCAACAGCUGGGAAGUGUCCAAAAACAGCAGCUGCUCAACCGGACCACUCCCCACCCCAGCCUGCAAUGACACGGACAAGCAGGUCAUCGCCAGCAGCCGCUUCUGCGGGCUCCUCACCGACACCAGUGGCCCCUUUCAGAUCUGCCACUCUGUGCUGAGCCCCAGCAGUUACUUUGACACCUGCUCGUAUGACCUGUGUGAGCUGGGGCUGCACCAGGAGACCCUGUGCAAGAGCUUGCAGUCCUACGCGGAUGCCUGUCAGGCGCUUGGGGUCCAGAUACCCGUGUGGAGGAACGCAACCUUCUGCCCGAUCACGUGUCCGGCCAACAGUCACUAUGAGCCCUGUGCUGCUGCCUGCCCUGCCACCUGUGUUGACCCAAUGGCUCCAGUUACCUGCAGCCUGCCGUGCGUGGAGGGCUGUGUGUGUGACAGCGGGUACCUGCUCUACCACGACCGAUGUGUGCCCAGCCAGCAGUGCGGAUGCUGGCACAACGGGCAGCACUACCCCGUGGGCUCUGAGUUCUGGACGGACAACACCUGCUCCUCCAAGUGCAGGUGUCCCGCGCGGGGAAACCGGUUCUGUGGCAUACUGACCACCAGGCCCAGCUCUUUUGACAAGUGCCACAGCGUGAUCAACCCACAGAGCUACUUUGACACCUGCCUCUACGACCUUUGUGCCCUGAAUGGUGGCCAGGAGUUCCUGUGUGCUGCUCUGGAGGCCUACGCUGACGCGUGCCAGGCAGCCGGCGUGACUCUUCUCCCCUGGAGGAAUGCUACCUUCUGCCCCCUGAAGUGUCCUGCCAACAGCUACUACGACCCUUGCAUGACCGGCUGUCCCGCCACCUGUGUUGACCGACAAGCCCCACAGAACUGCUCCAAGCCCUGCGUGGAGGGCUGUGCGUGCACCUCUGGCUUCCUCCUCAGUGGAGACACCUGUGUGCCCGAGGCACAGUGUGGCUGCCUCUUUGAGGACAACUACUACAGCGAAGGCGAGUACUCCGUGAACGAGAAUUGCACUCGCCGGUGCCGGUGUGAAGCCAACGGCCAGAUGGUUUGCUCUGCCUUGUCCUGUGGCGAGGACGAGGUCUGCAAGAUCCAGAAUGGCCAGAGGGGCUGUUACCCAGCCAGCACUGCUCUCUGCCACAUCUACGGUGACCCGCAUUAUAGCACCUUUGAUGGGAAGCUUCACCACUUCCAGGGCUCCUGCAACUACACCGUUGUGACAGGCUGUGACAACUCCUCCAUCGGGUUCAGCGUCACCACCCGCAACAAACAUCGCGGCAGCCAGAGCUGGACAGCUCUGAACUCUGUGGCACUGUCCCUGGAAGGCCUCCACAUUGCACUGCGCGAGCGCAAGGCCGUCUACAUCAACGGUGCUCUGGUCUCCCUGCCUGCUUCUCCUGCCCCCAGUGUGACCAUCUCCCUGAGCGGCUCCUACGUGCGUGUUUCCACCAAGCUGGGCCUGCAGCUGCAGUUCAAUGGGGACCACGAGCUCCUCGUGAAGGUGUCUGAGAAGCACAAGGGCAAGCUCUGUGGGCUGUGUGGCACGUACACUGGGAGCCAGCAGGAUGACUUCAUGCGCCCUGAUGGAGUUGUCGUGCCUGACUUCAAUGACUUUGGAGCCAGCUGGAGGGUGCCGGAUGAUGAGUGGCCGUGUAACCCAGCCAUCAGCCCGCCUGCGUCCUGCUCCCCCACCGAGGAGGAGGCAGCUAACAAGCAGUGUUCAAUCCUCACACAUCUGGGUGGCCCGUUCCAGCCAUGCCAUGCAGUUCUGCCUCCCCAGACUUACUUUGAGAGCUGUGUCUACGACCAGUGUGCCACGGGCAGCAGCACGGAGCAGCUCUGCAAUGACCUGGAGGCCUACGCCGCAGCCUGUGCGGAGGCAGGCGUUGCCCUGGGAGACUGGAGCGCUGGCACUGUCUGUGCUCCUACACCCUCGCCGCCCUUGCCAGGCACUACCACAAGGCCUCCACAUACAACAACGUCACCGGCACCUGGGACAAGCACAGCUCCCCCAACAGACUGCAAUUUCAGCUGCACAUUCGACAAGGACUUUUGUGGCUGGGUCCAGGCAGACUAUAGCAGCAUUGACUGGAUAAGGAACAAAGGCCCAACGCCCACACCCAAUACCGGCCCCUCUUCUGACCACACAACUGGAGAUGGCUACUACAUCUACCUGCAAGGGACUGAUGAUGCUCUCUCCGGGUUUGUGGCUGUCCUGGUCAGUCCAGUGUGCAGCUGGGAAGGAACGCACUGCUUCCGCUUCUGGUACCACAUGUACGGAAAUGCUGAAAUGGCCCUGAGGGUGUACGUGGCAGACGACCAUGUGCAACAGGUGGUCUGGAAUCAAGAAGGGAACCAUGGGGACAUGUGGCACUUGGGAGAGGUGGCGGUGCACAUCACAGGAAAUCAGCAGAUUUUCCUGGAGGGACAAUGGGGUGAAGAUGCCCGGAGCAACGUAGCAUUGGAUGAUCUGUCCAUUGAAAAGGGAUCCUGUGCAGGUGCAUCAACACCAACACCCACAAUUCCCUUGCCAGGCACUACAACACAGCCUUCCCACACAACAUCACCCACAACAACAACACCCAGCUCAGACCGUGCUUCCUGCAGUGCCUCUGGAGAUCCACAUUAUAACACUUUUGACCACAGAGUCCAUAAUUUCAUGGGAAAUUGCACUUACACCCUCUCCAAAGUGUGCAAUGUCUCUGAGAAGCUUCCAUACUUUGAUGUGUCCACAACAAAUGAACACAGAGGAGCCAAUACCAAAGUCUCUUAUGUGAAGUCAGUGCAGGUGGAAGUCUAUGACAACCAGAUUUCUCUACUGAAAAACAAGAAAGUGAACGUGAAUGGUCGCAGAAUGAACCUGCCUGUAUUUAUUGAGAAGAAAAUCAGUAUUCAAAGCAGUGGUGGAUAUGUUCUCUUGGAAACUGACUUUGGAUUGUGGGUGAGAUAUGAUGGAAACCACUAUGCAGAAGUCUCCGUGCCCUCUAAUUACAGUCAUCUCCUCUGUGGCCUCUGUGGUAAUUAUAAUGGUGAUCCGAAUGAUGACAAUAUAAAGCCCAAUGGUGAUAUUGCAAGUGGUUCCACUGAUCUUGGAGAAAGCUGGCUUGUGCCUGAGAACAACACCAUAUGCUCCAGUGGUGGGACAGAAGAGCAAUGUGAUCCUGUGUUGGAGAAUGAAGCAAAGAAGAACACAGCAUGUGGCAUGAUCACAGACCCAACAGGAAUCUUCAAGGACUGUCAUAUCAAAGUGCCUCCAGAGAAUUUCUUUGAAAACUGUGUUUAUGACAUGUGUUUCACUGGUGGACAAGCAACAUCCUUAUGCUAUGGACUACAGGCCUAUGCUGAGUCAUGUAUCAAUGCUGGGACAUGCAUAGAGUGGAGGAAUGCUACUCUUUGCCCAAUGUCCUGUCCUGGAGGCAGCAUCUACAAGAGCUGUGGUACUAGGUGUCCCUCUACCUGUUUGAACAUCUCAGCCUCUGAUUCCUGCAGUUCUUUACCAGUGGAAGGUUGCUUCUGUAAGGAAGGCUAUGUUUUGAGUGGAGACAAAUGUGUGCCAGAAAGUAGCUGUGGUUGUGUUGAUGAAAAGAACCAGUAUCACCAGCUGAAUGAAAGCUGGUUCACCCAAUAUCCCUGCACUGAACGCUGUACCUGCAAGGCUAAUAACACCAUUGAAUGCACAUCCUGGGAAUGUGGAGUCCAAGAGGAAUGCAGUAUUCAGGAUGGUGUGCUGGGCUGUCAUUCCAAUGGUCAAGCAACAUGUCAAGUGGUAGGAGACCCCCAUUAUUUCACUUUUGAUGGAGUGAAGUACACUUUUGUGGGAACCUGCACCUACACUUUGGUUGAGGUUGUCAGCACUGCCACCAAUGUCAUUCCUAUAACCAUACUGGGCAAGAAUGAAGACAGAGGACUGAGAGGGGCCACAUACCUAAAAGAAGUCUAUAUAGAUGUGCACGAUGUACGAAUCACCCUUCAGAAAAACCAAAGAAUCCUGCUGAACAAUGAGAGAGUCUACACCCCAGUGGAGAACCGACUGCAGGGCGUGUCCAUUGGAAAUGUUGGCAGAUUUUUAGUAGUGGAAACUGACUUUGGCGUGAUAGUGAAAUACGAUGGCAAUCACUAUCUGGAAAUCACUCUCCCACAAUCUUAUUUCUCACAGGUGCAUGGCAUGUGUGGUAAUUUCAAUGAUAAUCAUGAAGAUGAUCUGUCCUUGCCCAACGGAACAGCCAUCAGUGCUCCACAGUUUGGAAAUAGCUGGAAAGUGGAGAAAGACAGUGAUAAGGGUUGCUUACCAGACUUAAGAGAAGACGAUGAUCCUCCUUGCACUGCUGAGAAUAAACAAGUCAUUGAAAGCCAGUGUAAUGUCCUAAAAUCAGACAAAUUCAAAGUAUGCCAUAAUCUAGUCAACCCUGAAGACUUCGUAGAAAUCUGCAUCUAUGACAUGUGCCAGUAUGACGGCAUGAAGUCUGCUCUCUGCGACAUAGUUCAAGCCUACGUGGAGACCUGCAAGAACCAUGGAAUCACCAUUAAAUGGAGGAAUAGCACAUUCUGUCCACUGCCCUGCCCAUCCCGGAGCCAUUACAAAGACUGUGUCUCCGCCUGUCCAUCAACAUGCAAUGACAUUUUUGCCUCUUCCCUUUGUGACAAGACAGAAGAGUGUACAGAGGGCUGUGAGUGUGAUGAUAAUUAUGUGCUCAGUAAUGGCAACUGUGUACCUCUGAGCAGUUGUGGCUGCAGGGAUGAUGACAACAAUUACUACAGUGCUGGGGAGACAUGGAUAACUCCACACUGCAACAAAAGAUGCCAGUGUCAGAAGAACGGUGUCAUCAGUUGUAAGAGCUAUAGCUGUGAUUCUAGAGAAACCUGUGUGAUCAAAAAUGGAAAAUACAAGUGCCAUCCAACAGGCUUUGGGAGAUGCCAGAUCAUGGGCGACCCACACUACAUCACCUUUGACGGUCUGGUGCACCACUUCCAAGGGAAAUACACAUAUAUUGUGGCUCAGACCAUCCCUGGCCUACCUGAUACCCUGACACAAUUCAGUAUUGAAGGCAUGAACUCUCCUUUACAUCGGAGUCGACACAUUACCUACCUGAAAGAGAUUCUCAUCAAUGUUUACAACCACACAGUGCGAUUCAGGCAGAACAAGCAGGUUCUGUUGGAUGGUGUCAGGGUGAGACCCCCUCUUCGACCUCAUGAAGGUAUUCAUAUAUAUCAGAGGACAACAAGAAUUUACCUGGAGACAGAUUUUGGCUUAUAUGUGAGCUUUGAUGGCAACCAAAACGCAGAUAUAAAGCUGGCCAAUACCUACAGAAGCAGAGUGGAAGGCUUAUGUGGUGACUUUGAUGGGAGACAUAGAAAUGACUUCACAAAUCCAGAUGGUGUUUGGGUGAAGAAUGUGAAUGUAUUUGGUGAAAGUUGGAAAGUUCCUUUAAAAAGAAGCUCUCGUCUCAGAAGAAAUGUCAACUCAGAAAAUGAGUCUGAGGAGGAGCCAGAUCCAGGGCUUUUCCAAGGUUGCAAUGAAAAUCAGCUGGAGCAGCAAAAUGCAACUUCAAGAUGUCAAAUCCUAACUGACUUGAAUGGUCCUUUUGCAAAGUGUCAUUCUACAGUCCUACCAGAUUUCUAUUUCACGAGCUGCCUGUUUGAUAUGUGUGUGGAAAGAGAUGAGGUCACUACCUUGUGUCGCAGUCUGGAGGAAUAUGUGCUGGCUUGUCAGCAGCAAGGAGUCAGUAUGGAUGGCUGGAGACAACAGACAAUUUGUGGUAUAUCAUGUCCUGCCAACAGCAACUACAGCUCAUGCAUGUCUGCAUGCCCAGCAUCCUGCAACGACCUGACCAGCCCCUCUGAGUGUGAAUCAUCUUGUGUGGAAGGCUGUGAAUGUCUCCCUGGCUAUGUUCUUAGCGGUUUUGACUGUGUGCCUUACAAAGAGUGUGGCUGCACAUACCUGAACAAAUACUAUGAGAUUGGAGAAAUAUUCACCACCGAUGACUGCUCUCAGAUAUGCCAGUGCACAGAAAGCUCCACUGUUUUCUGCUAUGACAAAGCAUGUGGGGCUGAUGAAAUCUGUGGAAUUUCAAACUACAGUCGUGGAUGCUACAGGAGUGGACCAUGUAUGCCAAAUCCUUGUAAGAAUGAUGGUGUUUGCUCUGAAACUACCAACGACACCUCUCUCCGUUACUACUGUGAAUGUUCAGAGCUCUACACAGGACCUAAGUGUGAGGCUGAAAAGAUAGUUGAAGACUCUGACACAGAGGAUCCCAAGGACCAUACAAUUGACAUCGUCAUCGGAGUCGUGGCAGGUGUAGCUGUUAUCGUCAUUCUUAUCUCCUCUGCAGUGUACCUGUACAGGAGAAAGGUGGAUACAGUGACAAUAACAAGAGAUUCUUCUUUGAAGUGGUCCAGGGAUGAAUUGGAUGCCAGAGCACAUGAACAAGAUUAUGGCUGCAUUGUGAACAGUGCUUUUGAUCAAAAUGAAUCAGAAAAUACACAGCUAUAG